UCACUGGCAGUCUGAAACAAAGUCUGGCGGACGAGAGAUGACGUUGAUCCUACUGGCCGCCCUCUCCAGCAUCUACACCGGGAUGUUCAACUACGUGAAGGCCAAGUUCCCGUUCGUGAUCGAGGCCGCCAUGGUGACCCUGUGCUUCGGAUCCAUCGUCGGUCGAUUCUGCAUACUGGCUUAGCAGGAAACAUCAGAAAAAGACUCGGGAUUGCGUGAUUCGAAAGGAACUUUAUAUUUAUAUGGAUGUGUCUUGUGGCUUUAUGUGAAUACAAACUAAUGGCUUAAACCUAAA